AUGGACUUGGGACUCGGCGGCGCGGGUAGGACCGGGGGCGGAGGAGGAGGGGGCCGGAGCGGGAGCGGGAGCGGGAGCGGGGCCGGGGGCGGGGGCGGGGGCGGUCGGGACAGCCCGUUCGCUCUCGGCGGGGGCGGCGCGUCGGCGGCGGCGUGGACCCGGCUCGUCAGCUCCGGCGUGGAGGACGAGCUGGUGGCCGCGUCGGGAGGAGGAGGACGCGCGGGGGCGAGAGCGGGAGGGCUGCCGCAGGGCCACUUUUUGGAGGCCUGCUUCCUCUGCCGGAAGCCCCUCGCCAGCAACCGCGACAUCUUCAUGUACAGAGGUGACAUCCCGUUCUGUACCGAGGAGUGCAGGAGGGAGCAGAUCGAAAUGGACGAGGAGACGGAGCGGAAGGAGAGCACCCCAAAGAAGCUGGCGCCGAGAGCUGCAUCCCCCAAGGACGUGGAGUCCCCGCCGAGGCCUCCCAAGGCCCGGGCCGGGUCAAUCCUUGCCGGCUAA